CUAUGAUUAUUAUACAGCAAAUUUCAUUCUUUGUGAGGUGGUCUCAAUUUGUUUAUUUCGAAAAACCGUCGCUGAAUAAUCUAGAAAAAUGGUCUUAGAAAGUACUAUGAUUUGUGUGGAUAACAGUGAUUAUAUGAGAAAUGGAGAUUUCCUACCUACAAGACUGCAAGCACAGCAAGAUGCCGUAAAUCUGGUAUGCCAUUCCAAAACACGGUCAAAUCCUGAGAAUAAUGUGGGUUUGCUGACUUUAGCUAAUGUAGAAGUACUAGCCACACUAACCAGCGAUGUGGGGCGCAUUAUGUCCAAGUUGCACCGUGUUCAGCCCAAUGGUAACAUCAACUUGUUGACGGGCAUCAGAAUUGCCCACUUAGCUUUGAAGCAUCGUCAGGGAAAGAAUCACAAGAUGCGAAUUGUCGUUUUUGUCGGCUCGCCAGUAGAGUCAGACGAAAAAGAAUUGGUCAAACUAGCUAAGAGGCUUAAGAAAGAGAAGGUGAAUUGUGACGUUGUCUCGUUUGGUGAAGAUUCUGAAAAUAAUCCUCUCUUGACAUCCUUUGUCAAUACCUUGAACGGCAAGGAUAACAAUGCUGGAGGCAGCCACUUAGUUUCUGUCCCAGCUGGUGGCUGUGUAGUGCUGUCUGAAGCUUUAAUAUCUAGCCCCUUGAUUGGUGGUGAUGGAGCAGGGCCUUCAGGCUCAGGCCUAUCACCAUUUGAGUUUGGUGUUGAUCCCAAUGAAGAUCCAGAACUUGCACUUGCUUUGCGUGUAUCAAUGGAGGAGCAAAGGCAACGCCAGGAGGAGGAGUCUCGCCGCCAACAAACUACUGCUGAAGGAGAGCCUGGCAAGACUGGUGAGCCUCAGAAUACUGGCAUGGAACGGGCCUUAGCCAUGUCUCUAGGUCAUGAAGCUAUGGAACUGUCUGAAGAAGAACAAAUUGCUCUAGCUAUGCAAAUGAGCAUGCAACAAGAAGGUCCACAAGCUGAGGAGAGCAUGGACGUGUCAGAGGAGUAUGCUGAAGUUAUGAAUGAUCCUGCUUUCCUCCAAAGUGUGCUGGAAAACCUGCCGGGUGUGGACCCCCAGAGUGAAGCUAUCCGUAAUGCCAUGUCCACCAUAAAGAAGGAUAAGGAUGAGAAAGAUGACAAAGAUCAAAAGGACAAGGACAAGGGUUCUGGUUCAGGCUCUAAGUAAAUACAGCAUUGUUUUUCAAUUUUUUUAAUUGACACAUUAUGCUCGUAAACUUUAACAAUACACACCACAAUGCAGUGUUACUAUCACUAUAAAUUUAUUAAUAACAGAUGAGUUAUAAUUUAA